GAACCAGGCAGGAGGCUGCGGAGGAGGAUGGAAGCCCCCAUGAACCUCCUGCAUGAUGCAGGCAUCCAGGCGACACAGUGGCUGCAGGAGCAUUUCCAGGGCUCUCAGGACUGGUUCCUCUUCAUCUCCUUUGCCGCAGACCUCAGGAACACUUUCUUUGUUCUUUUCCCUAUCUGGUUCCAUUUGUGUGAGCCAGUGGGCAUCCGGCUUAUCUGGGUGGCCGUGAUCGGGGACUGGCUCAACCUUGUCUUCAAGUGGAUCCUGUUUGGGGAGAGGCCGUACUGGUGGGUACACGAGACUGAUUAUUACAGCAACGCCUCUGCGCCGGCCAUCCAGCAGUUCCCACUCACCUGCGAGACCGGCCCUGGGAGCCCCUCCGGCCAUGCCAUGGGUGCAGCAGGAGUGUACUACGUCAUGGUGACCGCCCUGCUUUCCAUCGCCAUGGGCAAGAAGCAGUCAAAAACACUGAAGUACUGGAUUCUGUGGGCCAUGCUGUGGACGGGGUUCUGGGCCGUUCAGGUCUGCGUCUGUCUGUCCCGCAUUUUCAUCGCUGCUCACUUUCCUCAUCAGGUCAUCGCAGGGGUCAUAUCUGGCAUGGCCGUGGCUGAGACCUUCCAGCACAUCCACUCCAUCUACCAUGCCAGCCUCCGCAGGUACCUGGGCAUCACCUUCUUCCUCUUCAGCUUCGCCUUGGGCUUCUACCUGCUUCUGCGGAUGCUUGGUGUUGAACUGCUCUGGACACUGGAGAAGGCACAGAGGUGGUGUGCCCAUCCUGAGUGGGUCCACAUCGACACCACGCCCUUCGCCAGCCUUCUUCGCAACCUGGGCAUCCUGUUUGGGCUGGGGCUGGCCCUGAGUUCCCACAUGUACCUGGAGAGCUGCCGGGGGAAGCAAGGCUGCCAGCUGUCCUUCCGCCUAGGCUGUGCUGCUGCCUCGCUGCUGGUCCUGCACCUCUUUGAUGCCUUCAGGCCACCCUCCCACAUACAGCUGCUCUUCUAUGUCCUUUCCUUCUGCAAGAGUGCAGCCGUGCCGCUGGCCACCGUCGGCCUCAUUCCCUACUGCAUCUCUCAGUUUGUGGCCACGAAGGACAAGAAGGGUGUCUAGGGGCAGGUAAUAGCGUGGCCACCCUGGCUCAGGGCUGGGGACAGGAGCCAUGGGAUCAUGGGGGUUGUGCUGGUUUCUCCUCAUUACAGCUUCAUGUGCUGACUCCCGCAUGGCGUGCACCCACGGUGCCAGAUGUGCCACAGGCGCCGGUGGCACAAGGAACAGAGAUGGCAGGAGCAAGGCACUGUGCAGUUGUGGGUGCUCAAAGGCUGUGGCAAGGCAGCUCUGCAGGGGAACAGGCAGGAGAUGGAAACAAACACCAGCUCGUGGGAGUCCCCAGCCCCAAGGCUCCUCAGCCCUUGGGACCACUGUCCAGUAUUCACUGCUGCGUGAAGCAGCUUUCGGUACGUGUGUGUAUACUGCACAUAUAUGUAGCGGUGUGUCUGUAAAUGGGGUAUUUUAUUAAAGCUGAAGAUGUAUUUUA